AUGACGAGCGUCGAUGAGCUGUUCAAAAAACCUUCCGGUUCCGGGGCCACUAAGCGCAAGUUCGAACCGAUUCAAGAUCCAAACGAGCUGUACAAGUCAGCGAAGCUAGAUGCAGCUGGCGAUGCGAGAUCAAAAGGGAAAGCCCCCAUGGUGGAAGACGAGUUUGACGAUGGGGAAGCCGGACCGGAGCUCCCCCCAGACAUUGAGGAAGAUGCGCCAGAUGACGAGGAAGGCCGCUUCUUCGGCGGUGGCAUGGAACGAAAGACAGCACAAGCAAUGGAAUAUAUCGACCAGCAAGAGGAAGGAGAAGCUCCGCCCGAGAUCUUCGACUCUGCUUGGGUGCGCCGCUUCGCAUUAAAUUUCGAGCGAAAGAUAUCCAAAAAUGCCGAACUACGAGCGAAAUUUGAGAACGACCCGCAAAAGUUCAUGGCCUCCGAGGCCGACCUAGAUACAGAGAUCAAGGGCGUGUCAAUCCUAUCUGAGCAUCCUGAGCUGUACGAGGAAUUUGCUAAGAUGGGAUGCGUUGCAUCCUUGACCUCCCUGCUGUCGCAUGAGAACGCCGAUAUUGCAAUUGAUGUAAUCCAGAUCAUCAACGAACUGACAGACGAAGAUGUGCAGACAGAACAAGAAAAAUGGGAUGCGUUGGUCAAUGCAAUGAUGGAAGCUGACCUUAUCGAACUAUUGACCUCAAAUCUCUCCCGACUGGAUGAAGCGUCUGAAGCAGAUCGCGCCGGCGUAUACUACGUGCUAAGUGUGUUCGAGAAUUUGGCUUCCCAGACAUCACAUGCCGAGACAAUUGGACAAGAUGCUGCAGUCUUGUCAUGGAUUUUGUCUCGCAUUCAGAAGAAAGAGGCUACUGUCAGUCAAAACAAACAAUAUGCGGCGGAAAUCCUAGCAAUCCUUCUGCAGUCAUCAUCAAAGAACCGCACAAAGUUCAUUGAGCUAGACGGCAUCGAUAUUCUUCUCCAGUUGCUCAGUGCGUACCGCAGAAGAGAUCCGGCCAAGGACUCCGAUGAGGAGGAGUUCGUGGAGAAUUUGUUCGACGCCCUCAUCUGCCUUGUCGAGGAAAAUUCGGGCAAAGAGAAGUUUGUGGAGGCCGAAGGAAUUGAACUCGCGUUGAUCAUGCUCAGGGAAGGCAAGUUCAGUAAGCCACGUGCUUUGAGAGUCCUUGAUCAUGCCUUGGGCGGAGUCGGAGGUGCACCGGCCUGCGAGAGGUUGGUGGAGGCAGCUGGCUUAAAGACCGUCUUCGGCUUGUUCUCCAAGAAGCAAGAGGGUCAAAACAUCGAGCAUUUCUUGGGAAUUUUCGCCUCUCUUCUACGUCUUCUUCCUGGUGGUUCUGGGCCUCGCAUCCGGACCCUGGCCAAGUUUAUGGAAAAGGACUAUGCAAGAAUUGAGAAACUCAUCAAACUCAGACGCGAGUACGCCGCGCGUGUCGCUCCCGUCGAGCAAGCCAUCGAAAAUGAGCGCAGAACCUUCGACAAGGAGGAGCAAGAGCUCAUGACCGGCGAAUGGUUAUCGAGGCGGUUUGACGCCGGUUUGUUCUCAUUACAGACAAUCGAUGUCAUUCUAGCGUGGCUUGUCGCAGAGGAUGAUGGGGCCAAGACAAAGAUCGUCUUACUUCUUGCAGACCGCGAUGAAGAUCUGUCUCUGGUACGCGGUACCUUGCAGGAACAACUCGAAGGACUCAACGAGGAGGAGCCGGGCCACCAAGAUACGAAGGAGAUGCUUAGCACUCUUUUGCAGUUUGUCUGA